GCCAACCUCAUGAUCCCAUCACUAUAGACACAAUGUCUUUUCGCAAGAGAAAUCUAGGCUUGUCAACAGGCGAUCGUACAUCCGUACCCAUUUCCCCUGCGCAGACGCAAUCGGCUGCACUUCCACCACCUGCGACACCCGGAGUGCGUCCCUCGCCCGAUGAUGGACGGCCAACAACAUCAACUGGUUCACCAUCGCUUGACAAUCUUUUAGCCGGUCAUGGUGGGCUACCUCUUGGGAAAAUUCUUUUGGUAGAGGAAAAUGGGACUACUGAUUUUGCGGGUGCAUUGCUACGAUACUAUGCUGCCGAAGGUGUUGUGCAGGACCAGAAGAUUCACGUCAUUGGAAUGCCCGAACAAUGGGGAAGAAGUCUGCCAGGCUUGAUAGGCCCUGCGGAUGCUGCAGAUGAAAAAUCAGAUAAGCGAAAGAGUGAGCGGAUGAAGAUUGCUUGGCGAUAUGAGCGUCUAGGUGAAUUUGGUGCCGGAGUGGCAGGAUCAAGAGUUCCUGCAACGGCCCCGGGGGAUCAAAGUACAUCUACUACAGAUGGUAGCUCGCCCAAGCAAGCCGCCUUUUGUCAUGCGUUCGACCUCACAAAGCGUCUCACUCAUCCCUCUAUAAGCAACAUCUCAUAUAUACCCAUCAUGCCCUCCAAUGAGCCCGUCCUUAUCUCAGUACAGAAGAGACUCCAGUCUGCCAUUGCCGCAAGUCCACCGAAUACAGUCCACCGAAUCGUAAUCCCUUCCUUGCUUAAUCCCACGCUCUAUCCAGCUGAAGUCAGCCAACCGGAAAAUAUCCUACCCUUCCUUCAUUCCCUAAGAGGGUUGUUGAGCUCGCCUACAGCUCGCGUCACCGCCAUGAUCACAUUACCGCUCUCUCUCUUUCCCCGGUCGUCGGGGCUCGUGCGAUGGAUUGAAAUUUUAAGCGAUGGUGUUAUCGAACUAUGCCCUUUUCCACAUUCAUCAGACGCGCUGUCCACGUCAGGCGCUGCUACAUCCCAUGAGGAACCGCCACAAGGCAUGCUAAAGACCCAUAAGCUUCCGGUGCUGCACGAGCGCGGUGGUGGAAGCGACCAGAAUGUUGGACAGGAUUGGGCGUUCACACUCAGCAGGAAGAGAUUUGAGAUCAAACCUUUCAGUUUACCGCCAGCUGAAGGUGAUAAAGAAGCACAGGAUAAGGCGCGUUCGGAUGGAAUGCCGAGGAAGGCCGACCUUGAAUUCUAAUCGAUAUUGUUGUUGUCUCAGAUAAGACAGCGCAUCAAAGAUCCUCCAUUAUUCUUCAUGGUCGGAUUCUACCAGCA